GCUUUAAAUUUUGAGAAUCCCAAAACAUUUUUCUUCUAAAUUAAUAAUUAUUAAAAAGUAAUAAUAAUUAAAACAACUGCUACCAGCAGUAGCAAGCAACCCUCACUUCCCUUGAAAGGAGAGCAGCACAGCAGCAGUUUCUCUUGCUAGCAUUUGAAAAUCCAAGAAGAAGAAGGAAUGGAGGAGAUAGGGAAAAGUGCAGGCAGUUCCUUCUCAAAAGAACAGCAACAGAUCUACAAAGAAUGGUUCAAUUUAGCCGAUUCAGAUGGAGAUGGCCGCUUUACUGGAAAUGACGCUACGAAGUUUUUCGCCAUGUCCAAUCUUUCUCGCCAACAACUUAAACAAGUCUGGGCACUGGCGGAUUCGAAACGACAAGGGUUUUUAGGGCUUACAGAGUUUGUUACGGCAAUGCAGCUUGUUUCUCUGGCGCAAGCAGGGCAUGAACUAACUCCAGAUACUAUUAAAACCGCAUCUAAAAUGGAGGAUGUGAAGCCGCCUUUGAUGGAUGGCAUUGAUGCCUUACUAGCUAAAAAUAAGAGUUCGAGGAUUAGUGAGAAUGAUAUCAAUGGAUCCACGCAGCUAAGGCUAUCAACAGGGACUCCUCAAGUUGGUGCAAAAUCAUCAAGAAAGAUGCCGCUCAAUGCAGUUACAUCAAUUAUCGAUGGCUUAAAGCGAUUGUAUAUAGAAAAGCUAAAGCCAUUGGAAGCUACCUAUCAUUUUAAUGACUUUGUUUCCCCAUUGUUGACAAACAGUGAUUUUGAUGCUAGACCUAUGGUUAUGCUUUUGGGUCAGUAUUCUACUGGGAAAACAACAUUUAUAAAACACUUGCUUAGAUGUAACUAUCCAGGAGCUCACAUUGGACCAGAGCCGACAACUGACAGAUUUGUUGUUGUAAUGUCUGGACAUGAUGAAAGGAGCAUACCUGGGAACACUGUUGCUGUUCAAGCAGAUAUGCCAUUUAGUGGCCUGACACAUUUUGGAGGAGCAUUUUUAUCAAAGUUUGAGUGUGCACAAAUGCCUCAUCCAUUGCUAGAUGAAAUCACAAUUGUUGACACUCCUGGGGUUCUCUCUGGAGAGAAGCAACGAACACAAAGGAGUUAUGAUUUUACUGGGGUUAUAUCAUGGUUUGCAGCAAAAUGUGAUCUGAUUCUUCUUUUAUUUGAUCCUCAUAAACUUGAUAUCAGUGAUGAGUUUAAGCGAGUAAUUGCAUCUUUACGAGGCAAUGAUGACAAGAUACGAGUUGUGUUGAACAAGGCUGACCAAGUUGAUACACAACAGUUGAUGAGAGUUUAUGGGGCACUAAUGUGGUCACUUGGAAAAGUUUUGAACACCCCUGAGGUUAUGCGUGUUUAUAUUGGCUCGUUCAAUGACAAACCUAUCAAUGAAGAAACUGCUAGCCAAAUGUUCUGUGAACUUUUUGAAAAAGAACAAAAUGACCUUCUGAUGGACUUGGUUGAUAUUCCUAAGAAAGCUUGUGAUCGUCGAAUCAAUGAAUUUGUAAAGCGUGCUAGAGCUGCUAAGAUGCAUGCGUACAUAAUUAGCCAUCUCAAGAAGGAGAUGCCUGCUAUAAUGGGCAAGGCUAAGACUCAACAACGCCUUAUUGAUAAUCUUGAAGAUGAAUUUGCAAAGGUCCAGAGGGAAUUUCAUUUACCACCUGGAGAUUUUCCAAAUGUAGAACACUUCAAAGAAGUCUUGAAUGGUUACAGCAUUGACAAAUUUGAGAAACUGAAGCCUAAGAUGAUACAAGCUGUUGAUGAUAUGCUUGGCUAUGAAAUCCCAGAGCUGUUGAAAAGUUUUAGGAAUCCUUAUGCAUAAAGUCCUAUCCUCCAGGACAUAUCUAGAAUCGAAAUAGAGCGGUGAGAUGAAGUUUGUUUGUUGCAAAAGUGCUAUGCUUAUGAUUCUUGAGUAAAUAUAUUUUAUGACAUUCUUGUUAAUAUACAUUUGGAGCUUUCUGUAUUUAGGGAUCUGCUUGGAUUUUAAGCAUGAUUGUCAGUUUUUGAAAGUGAUGAUGCCUUGACGAAAA